AAGCAUUUGCUGGUAAAUAAAGUAUACUUCUUGAUCAUAACAGUCAGGCGAUAUAAAAGUCUACCCAAUACAUACCGGAAGUAUGUGGACCUAUAAGGCGUCAGUGCGCAUGCGUGAAAGCCUCUUUUACCGUGGGUAUAAUGGCGGGUGAAACAGAAAAGAAGGAGGCCAAGGAGACCAAGGAGAUGAAGAAGAAAGAGACGCCGAAGAAGGAGGACGCAACCAAGAAAAAGGACGCGACUGCGACCAAGAAAAAGGACACAACUAAGAAAAAGGACGCGACUGCGACCAAGAAAAAGGAUGUGACUUCGACUAAGAAAAAGGACGCGGCUAAGAAGGAUGAGACCAAGAAGGACACACAGGAGAAGAAACUGGUGAAGGGGAAAAAAAUUCCAUCAGUCCCUGAAGGUCUCUUGAAGAAGAGGAAGCGCUUUGCUGCUGCCAAGGUGGCUCGUGUCAAGGCUCUGCAGCUCGAGAAGAAGAAACGCAGGAUUACCCGGAACCUGAUCUACUCGAGAGCACAGGCUUACCAUAAAGAGUACCGGCAAAUGUACAGGAGCGAGAUCCGCAUGAACCGUAUGGCCCGUAAAGCCGGAAACUUCUACGUCCCCGCUGAGCCCAAACUGGCCUUCGUUAUCAGGAUCAGAGGUAUCAAUGGCGUGAGCCCUAAAGUGCGAAAGGUUCUGCAGCUGUUGCGUCUGCGCCAGAUCUUUAACGGUGUCUUUGUCAAGCUCAACAAGGCCUCCAUCAACAUGCUGCGCAUCGCCGAGCCCUAUAUUGCCUGGGGUUACCCCAACCUGAAGUCUGUGCGUGAGCUCAUCUACAAGCGCGGAUUUGGCAAGAUCAGAAAGCAGCGCAUUCCUUUGACUGACAACUCACUCAUCGAGAAGAACCUUGGCACCAAUGGAAUCAUCUGCAUGGAAGAUCUGAUCCACACGAUCUACACUGUUGGCAGAAACUUCAAAGCUGCCAACAACUUCAUGUGGCCUUUCAAGCUCUCAUCUCCUCGCGGUGGCAUGAACAAGAAGACCACACACUUUGUGGAGGGAGGAGAUGCCGGGAACCGAGAGGACCAGAUCAACAGACUUAUCAGGAGGAUGAACUAAAGGUGUACUAGGACAUCUUUUGGUUUAUGGAAAAUAAAUGUUUAAUACACA